UCCGCAAGGGCUCCCCUAUUGCUCCAGAGGACUGGCGGGGCGCCGACCUCAGCUCUGGGACCCGGGGCUCCACCACAGCAAGAGGCGCGCCCCACGGGUGGGUGUGUCCGUUUCCACCUUCUGGCCUUCCAGCCCAGAGAAGAGCUCCUGAAAGCGGGUAUUUUGUUCCCACAGAUAGAUUUUGUCUGUGGUAAUCCCGGCUCCAGAAGUGCAACUUUGCGGCCGGGUCACCCGUUGGGGGACUGGGGACCUGGGAGGGGGAAGAGCGGAUCUUGUCUGCAUCAUCAAGGAGGAGGCGGGCUGCGAAAGCGGGGGCAGCAGAGCGGGGGGAGUUCCCACGGGUGGUGGGCGGCGGCGAGCUUGGCUCGGACCCGGGUCCGUAUCGUGCUGUGACGCGCCUGGAAGCCAGCCCCGCCCGCCGCCCCAGCCCCCAGCUCCCAGCCCCCAGCCCCCAGCCCCCAGCCCCCACCCCCCAGCCCGCCUCUUCCGCGCUUGGAGCGUGAGGUUUGGUGGGGAUCUGUCUGAAGCCUACCAGAAAACUUUUCCCCUCCCAGCCCCCGGGUCCCUUUUGUCUUUCUUGGAGGCGGCGACGACGCCUGAACCGCGAGUCGCGCGCCGCACCCGGUGACCUCCGAGGGCUGGAGCGCUCAGGCUCCUGCGCUCGAUGGCGGCGGCCGGCGGCCCCGCGACCCGCGGCCGGCACAAGCAGCGGCACGUCCCCCGCCCCGAGGCCGCCGCCGCCCCCCCGGCUCGGGGGUAGGGGAGCCCCCCACCCUCCCGGGAGCCCCCCACCCUCCCCCGCCCGCCCCCUCGCCUGACUCAGCCGCGCUCGGUGGCCGCGCCGCGUCCGCUGCCCGAGCCCUGCCGGGAUGGGGAGGGAGCCCGAGGCUGACCGCGGCUGCCGAGAUUCCCGCUGACGCCCCCGAGCCCGCCGCCGCCUCCUUCGCUGGUUCCGGAGGCGCCCGACGUCCCAACUGCUCCUGCACUGCAAGUCCCGAGAGGCGACUGGACCCCUGAGGCCCCGCGCUCAGGACAGAGAUUGGACUCCCGGGAGAGCCAGGCUUCUCUGCACAAGUUUAUCAUUACCGCUACCGGGGAUCUGACGGGCUUCUGGAUGACCAGUGCUGAACUGCCAGCCUUGCUUCGUUGUACUUAAACAACAGACUGAGCUAUGAUAGCAACUGGUGGAGUGAUAACUGGCCUGGCUGCCUUGAAAAGGCAAGACUCUGCCAGAUCACAGCAUCACAUCAACCUCAGCCCAUCACCUACUGCCCAAGAGAAGAAACCAGUCAGGCGUCGGCCACAGGCCGAUGUCGUAGUCGUUCGAGGCAAAAUCCGGCUGUAUUCCCCAUCUGGUUUUUUUCUCAUUCUGGGAGUGCUUAUCUCCAUUGUAGGAAUCGCAAUGGCGGUCCUCGGCUAUUGGCCCCAGAAAGAACAUUUUAUUGAUGCUGAGACGACACUGUCGACUAAUGAAACUCAGGUCAUUCGGAACCAAGGCGGUGUGGUGGUUCGCUUCUUUGAGCAACAUUUGCAUUCUGACAAAAUGAAAAUGCUCGGCCCUUUCACAAUGGGGAUUGGCAUCUUCAUUUUCAUUUGUGCAAAUGCCAUUCUUCAUGAGAACCGUGACAAAGAAACCAAAAUCAUACACAUGAGGGAUAUCUAUUCCACAGUGAUCGACAUCCACACGCUAAGAAUCAAGGAGCAAAAGCAUAUGAAUGGCAUCUACACCGGUUUGAUGGGAGAAACAGAAGUAAAACAGAAUGGGAGUUCCUGUGCCUCGAGGCUGGCAGCAAAUACCAUUGCCCCUUUCUCAGGUUUUAGGAGCAGUUUUCGCAUGGACAGCUCUGUCGAGGAGGAUGAGCUGGCGCUAAACGAAAAUAAGAGUUUGGGGCAUCUUAUGCCACCUUUGCUUGCUGACAGCUCUCUGUCUGUCUUUGGCCUCUAUCCACCUCCUUCCAAAACCACUGAUGAUAAGACCAGCGGCCCUAAGAAAUGUGAAACCAAAUCAAUUGUGUCCUCGUCCAUCAGCGCUUUUACAUUGCCUGUGAUCAAACUGAAUAACUGUGUUAUUGAUGAGCCCAGUAUAGAUAACAUCACCGAGGAUGCUGAGAACCUCAAAAGUAGGUCAAGGAAUUUGUCGAUGGAUUCCCUUGUGGUCCCUUUGCCCAACGCCAAUGAGUCCUUCCAGCCAGUCAGCAUGGUGCUCCCCAGGAAUCAUUCCAUCGGGGAGUCUCUGUCGAGCCAGUACAAGUCCUCUGUUGCCCUUGGGCCUGGGGCUGGACAGCUCUUAUCUCCUGGGGCUGCUAGAAGACAAUUUGGGUCCAACACGUCUUUACAUUUGCUCUCGUCACAUUCAAAAUCCUUAGACUUAGACCGGGGUCCCUCCACCCUAACUGUCCAGGCAGAACAACGAAAACACCCAAGUUGGCCUCGGUUGGAUCGGAGCAACAGCAAAGGAUAUAUGAAACUAGAGAAUAAAGAGGACCCGAUGGAGAGGCUGCUUGUACCCCAAGCUGCAAUCAAAAAAGACUUUACCAAUAAGGAGAAGCUUCUUAUGAUUUCAAGGUCUCACAAUAAUUUGAGUUUUGAACACGAUGAGUUUUUGAGUAACAACCUAAAGCGGGGAACUUCUGAAACGAGAUUUUAAUGUUCAGAAAUAUAUCAUUUUACAAGGCUACAUAUUUUAAAACAAUUUUCACCAGUGUUUCCUUGUUAAAGUAUUGGUUAAAAGCCCUUUUAACCAAAUGAUGUGUAGUGUUAGACCUGGCUGUUUAUACUGGAGAUGGUUAUAUGUUUGGGUUACAUAUGAUUGCAGCACUUUAUAUUAUCACAAAUGAUUUUACAUUUUCCAUUCCUUUGAAAAGAUUAUCUCUUUUAUUAAUAUGAAUACAGAACACUUCCAUCUGAAUUAAAGCUCGCAUUCCUUACUUUCAAGUUCUUUCAUUGAUGGUCAUAUACAUAGAAUGAAGUGUCCAGUUUGGAAGAGGUAAGGUACCAAAGUGUGGACUAGAAGUACCAAAUUUAAGGCCAAGAUUCAAUAUAUACUUCUAAAUGAGCAUGAGUGAAAAUGUUAGAUGUGAUUUUCUAAAUAAUUGCUUUUUUACAAAAUUGGUUAAAUUAUCUAAUAGGAAAAAGAUCUGGUUUCUGGGCGAGCUAAAUAAUGUGAAUUCGUGAAAUUGGUUUAGUUCUACUUGAGCUAAUUGAUAGGAAUUAAGUUGGUUGUGAUCAGUACCCUGAGCUCUAGGUAGGUAGUAUUUUUUUUCAGCAUUAGUUCUAUUUUAGUGAUGUUUUAUCAAGAAACCAUGUAUUCAAGCACCAUGGCUGAGAAUGCCAGGGAUUUGUAGGGGUAAAUAUCAAAAUGCUAAUAGCUAUAACUUUAGAUAUUCAGAAUCAAAAUUUCUUUGCAACUAACUUGAAAAAGGAAUGAACCAAUUAGUUUGUAGACAUGCUAUCUUGAAAUAAUUCUAUACAUGAAGAAAAUGUUGACUAAUAAACAAAAAUACACUAUGGGUUAGUUAAUGCUAACUAGUCUCAGUACCUUUCCUAGCCAUCUCUUUUAUUAUCCAACAUCCACUCAUCCCCAAAUCCUCACUUCCCCUCAAUAUUUUUUAGAUCCUGUUAUCUGGAAAAUAAUCAGCUAACCCUGACAUUUCUUUUUUAUCUUUGCCUCUCACUCGCUUGGUGAUUCAAGAAAAUUUAGUCCUUGAAGAAUUGCUUUGAAAUUUACCUUGUGCAGGAAAGCCUUAUGAUGACCCCAAAGAUUUUCUUAUGAUGUAAGGCCUUUUGGGGAUUUUGGUUCUCAGUUAUUGAAGAUAAUAAAUACUAAAAUGGAUGUUUCCAUUAGAAAAUGUUUAUGUUUUUCCAUUAAGGUAACAUGUGACUUUAAGAAUUGUUUAAUGGAAUACUCAGGAAAUUUUACAGGUUUUUCCCAAUGCCUAAAUGUUUCUGAGCAUCAGUAUUGCAGCUGUUGUGGAAGCGGAGAAAGAGUAUACAUUUCUGUUCGUAGCUCCCCGCGAUUCCAGCUUGUGUUGGCGUCACGGGCUUCCCUGAUUUGAGUCCAUGUUACUUGUUAGAACACCAAGCCUGUGUAUUGUAAUAGAGUGGGCUCAAUAUUUUACUAU